AUGGUACAACUCAGGCAGUGGCCUACUUUUACCCAGAACAUCAUACCCUGUCUACCCACCACGAAUGUCAUGUUCCUCAAGACACACAAAACUGCUAGCAGCACAGUCCUGAAUAUCCUUUUCCGCUUCUCAGAGAAACACAGACUCACUGUGGCCCUUGCAAGAGGCUCUGGUGUCCAUCUGGGCUAUCCUAGCCUCUUCAAAGCAGAUUUUGUUGAGGAGUUCAAAACUAUUGGCCAAAACUUCAGCAUCAUGUGCAACCACUUGAGAUUUAAUUUGACAGAGGUAAAGAAAGUAAUGCCAAAUGAUACCUUCUAUUUUUCUAUCCUGAGGAACCCAAUUUUAUUGCUGGAAUCCUCCUACGUUUACUACAAAAAAAGUUCACCAGCAUUUAGAAACUCCAGAAAUGUGAAUGAAUUUCUGUCAUCUCCUUGGUCCUACUACAAUCUAACUGCAAAGAUUUAUAACAUUUAUGCCAGGAACAACAUGUGGUUUGACUUUGGCUAUGACAACAAUGCAGAGUAUGAUAAUUACUAUGUCCAGUCCACCAUAAAGAACAUUGAGCAAAUUUUCCAUCUGAUACUGAUUGCUGAUUACUUUGAUGAGUCCAUGAUUCUUCUGAAGAAUACUUUGUGUUGGGAUCUGGAUGAUGUGGUCUAUUUUAAGCUGAACACCAGGAGCCUAGACAGUGUUCAGACCUUGACUCCGGAGAAUAAGGAAAAGGUGAAAGAGUGGUGUGCAUUCGAUUGGGAACUUUACAAACAUUUCAACAAUACCUUUUGGAUUAAGAUUCACAAGAUGAUGAGUCCAGCAUCUUUGUACCAGGAAGUGAAACUGCUGCAGAAGAGGCAGAAGGAACUGAUGGAAACAUGCCUCUCGGAGGAAACAGCAAUUGAUAAAAGCAAAAUUAAAGACAAAAAAAUGAAGCCCUAUCAAUCAGGGCUUGCCAGCAUCUUGGGCUAUAAUCUCAAACAAGAUUUAGACAAUGUGACACUAAAAAUCUGCCAAAGGAUGAUCAUGCCUGAGAUCCAAUACACGUCAUACCUGUACAAUCAACAGUUUCCACAGAAGAAAGGAAAAUCGACAGACUGA